GCUAGUCGCUACUCGCAGCGCGGUUCGUACAAUACGUUCAUCUAGCUUGUAGUCGUGUCCACGGCGCCCAUCGAAUCGCACGCGCGGCUCUCCUUAGAACCGGCCGGCUCCCGAAUAAUGUUUCAGUGUUUGACAAACUCAAUCGGAGGUCUCGGAAGAAGUAUCGUAUUUAAUAAUUUACACUGUAUAACCGAUCGCAUAUUCUCAGUGAGUGUUACGCAGUGUGUACGGAAAAAACUUUGUCGAAGAUUCUGAAGAAUCUUGUGUAAAAUUGUGUAAUACACCGGCCGCGGCCGGAUUGCGUUUUGCACAAAACUUUUUGACUGCGUGCGUUGUACCCAUCGCGCGCAUCUUCCCUGUGAUAAGAGGGUCCUGUGAUAUCGACGAGUUCGACUUAGCUUUAAAACUAGUUAGUCUUUAGGUAUAUAGAAUUAAAAUGGCGCCACCGUUCGACUCGUUCGUUCAGUUCGACAUGUGGGAAGCCCUGGAUGAGGAUUCCUUGAGGUUGACGCAAACGUCCGAAUUUUGGACUCAAGUUCAAUAUGAAGCAGAUAGAUUGGAUCUAGUCCCUCCCGCCAACUUUUCGGACCCGUUGCAGGACAGUGAUGAAGACUGGAGGAUAAUGGAUACACCAGAGGAACCACACAAAGAUAACAUAGUACACCAUGAUUGUAUGUGGGCAGGCUCUUGUGCUGAUUCAGUGCAUCCAGGCAACACAUUUGUCCCGAUUGAUCCAACCACUACACCCACUACACCCGGACAGAGUUUGCUUCGCCGAGACAUUUCACCAUCAAGACCGGAAACUCCACCAUCAAUAGAUGGCGAUGAACCACCACAGUUCCGUCAUUCUGUCGACGUUGCUGGUACUGCUCUCCGCCUCCUGAGAGACUCCGCCGCGGUAGCAGCCGACCAUUCUUACACAUUGGCCAGGCAGCACUUGGACAACCUCGGCGUUCAAACACCCUCUGACUCAUGUGAAUCAGAGGAGGAAAUUGACGUGGUCUCGCUCGGCACGCAGCAGCCCUUGCCUACGACGCAAACGCACGUCCGCACGGACUCGCUGCCGCGCGUGCCGUCAGCGCAGGAGCGCCAGCACAUCCAGCGCACUGUGGAGACCGCCAUCACGCCGCGCUCGCCGCGCCCGGUGGCCAGGAAGCGCUUGGUGCCGCCGCCCAGCAUAGCGGCCGCGUCGCGCCGCCGCGCUCGCGGGCCCGGCCGCCGUGGACGCCGCUCCAACACCGACACUGACUCCGAGGCCGAGUCGCCCGAGAUAGAACGCCGCUCCAUACACAACGACAUGGAGAGACUCCGGCGCAUCGGUCUCAAAAACCUCUUUGACGAGCUCAAAAAGCAAAUCCCGGCCACACGAGACAAGGAACGCGCGCCUAAAGUGGUCAUACUGAGAGAAGCUGCCGCGCUCUGCAGAAAGCUUAGCCAAGAAGACCUCGAGAGGGAAAAGCUAAAGAAGAAACAACACCAACUUGUGACGAAGUUAAAAAAGCUCCGCACGAUGCUGUCGGCGCGCUACCGCUCGUACUGAGCGCCUCGUACUACCUGACUGGUAAUCGAUUUGUUCCGACCGAGGAACUAUGGAGUCUACUCGACUGGACACUUAUGGACUGGUAACUUUUUAUGUAAGUCGCUUCUGAACGCUCUAGUGAACGUUAGAACCGUUUAUUCAAGACGCGGUGGCGCAGUGAAGCCCCCGUCCGCCGUUUUGAUUGCAAAAUUUUAAGCGAUGUCUUCAGUCGAGUCGGCAGUCGGGAGUUUGUUAUAUUUCAAUGAAAAUUCAGCUUUUACGGCUUACUCUGCUUCUGGCAAUGUCUCGAGAGUAAUAUAGUUAUGAAACAAUAACCGCAGGUUUGUUUUGCUCAAAACGAUAUUUUGCAGUGCCAAAGUGAGCCAUAAAACUGUUGUUAACGACAAAUCCUUGGUCUUCAGUAAAAUAUCUUAAUAGUUACAGACUGCUUCGUGAACUAGUAGACUGGUUAUACCUCUAAAAUGUUUUUUGAAUUUAUCAUUAAAUUAUACAUAGUUGAAAUAGCACAUUACAGAUUUACUCCGUGUUGACAGAUCGAAAAUGAUAUGACAUUUGUUAAAAUAUUGUUUCGAGACGUUGAUAUGAAGAUUUUUUACUGGACCUUCCAUUAAAUAGUUAAGUAUUGCGAUGUCGCAUUUUUUAAAGGAGCAUGAAUUUGUCAGUGCUGUAAAUAUAAUGAGAGAGGGCAGGUAGUUGAAAGCUUUGUCAGAGGUGGUCAAGCGCUUGGAGCUGAUUGGAGAUGUAUGGCCACUAUAUAUGUUUUCGGCCCGAUUUGCAGGAUUUUUCAAUUUUAACCUUCACUCGCGAGAGUGGGGUUAGUGAAGUGAUACAUCAAUUACUAUUACUUUUAAUUGCUUUAAGUAAACUAUUAUUUUAACUGCUUUAAGUAAAUUGCAUUUUAGGAUAGCGCGCUUAUUUCAUUAGUUUAUUUUUUUGUUAUUUUGUAAAUUUUUAACACUUUUAUUGUUUUUUUUUACAUAAGAGAUGAUUACCCAGUAAAAUCGGUACCAAUUUUCGGUAAUUUGGAAUCGUUGAAUAGAAUUUUAUACAAUAAAAUGAUUCACAUACAGCUUCCAAUUGAGAUGAUGAUGAUUCAUAACGAUUUUAUGAGUAAUGUGUAUGCAAUUUUAUCAUGUGAAACUACACCGUACGAUUAGCAUGCGAUUGUGAUUAUAUCGACUUUCUUAGUCGACUAUUUUUUUAGCAGGAAAUAAUGCCCUUCCCAGGCUUUUAAAUAAUUUAAUUAGCAAUUUUUAGAUCCGCGUAAGUCUUUUACGAAACUUUAGAAGUAAACAGUUUCUAACAAGCGCGAUAAUUCACGUACGAUCAUUUGUUCACAAAUUUUUCAACAACGGCACACUUCAAAGUUUUUUUUUAAACAAACAUUGAUUUUAAAUAUUUUUCUUUGAUUUGUUAAAACUUUUGUGGACAAUUCGUAAGUACGUGUGAACGGACAGAGUCACAAGCGCAUGUUAUCUGAAGGUAGAGUUCCCUUCAUUUUACGAUCAUCGUACCUUAUUAUAAUUAUAAACAUUAUUACUAAUGUUAAGUCGUGUAGAAUAUUGAAAUCAAUAUUUAAUUCAUUCACAUGUUGGGAUUACAAUGGCAACAUACCAUUUUCAUAUGAUUUAUGACAUUAAGGUAAUAAACAAGUUUUGAUGUAAAUUGUAUAAUCUCAGUGACAGUCAUCGUUUCGUUAGAAAACAAUAGACUGUGUAUUUUGAUAAUAACAUCAAGUCUUAUACCAUAAUGAUGGUCCGCAAAAAUGGACCGUAAUAAAAAAAAAAUAACCAAGACAUAGUUCCUCAUAGUACCUACUAAUAGUAAAUUUUGCAUUUUUUUCUUUAUAAUAUUUUUUUUAUUAAUGCAAGUAAGUUUAGUAAAGUACUCGCAAUAGUUCGUGUUAAUUGAAUAUUGAACCUGAUCAGAAAAAUAAAGGUGUUGAGAAUAGCAUUGGGACAAAUCCGGCCGGUUUCGUUAGAGGCGCGCGCGCAGCUUUUAUUCUACUGAUCGGGUUUCAGGAGGUUGAUGUUUUAUCAAGCACAUGGUCAGCAUCGUGAGUGUGAAGGCUUUAAUUGUGUGAGGAAUGUGCCUUGCUAUUGUUCAUGUACAUUAUUAUAUAUAUUAGGUUUAUACUCGAAUUAGUUUGCAAGACAUAUUUUUUGUGAAGAAUGUCUACGAUUAGAAUAGCGCUGUUCUAAGUAGUGUACAUACAGACAAGAAAAGUUAUUGAUAUUAAAGAUGUUUAUCUUAUCUUCCACUAGGUAUUUAAUUGUACAUACAGAUGUAAUGGUAAGACUAAGUAUAUUAUACUUUGAUCAAUCUUUUUUACUAACGAGUUUUUGUCCUAGUAAUUGUUUAGUUUUCUUUACUGGAGAGUUACGGAUCCUCGAAUGUUGUACCUGCAUUUAUUUUUUUUUGUUAUUCAUAUCUUGACAUAAAUAAAUAAAGAUAAUAAUGGUUUUAGUUAUCCAAAAUGUAAUCGGUUGCUUUGGUGAUGACCAGUGUAAUUAGACACAUAAGAAAAAGUCAGUAGGUAAAUGUUUAAUGGUAAGAAAUGACAGCUUUAUGAAAUCGGAGACAGAAUGUAAGUGUUGAAAACGUUGGUUAAUAUAACCGCUUUUGUGACAAGGCACAUUUCCACCACUGCCAAAAUGGAAAAGGAAUUAUUGAUAAUAAGUUUAGGUUGAACUGUAUAUAGUUAAGGUCGGGUUAUAAAAUUAUAAGUCCUGUUAUAUAUAAAAGAUUUCCUUUUAUUCUUUGUAUAGUAUCCGUACGUUUGUAACAGCUAGCCGCUGCGGCGCCGACGCCGGCCGUGCUGAGGCGCGGCUGUCGCGACGCCGCGGGGCGCGCGCGCCGCUACAGCGAGUGCAGGGCGCAACAUAGAUUCCGCCUAAUAUUAAUAUUGCCCUCUGCAAUCUUUGAAGCGGCGCUCUUAAGUCUAAGGACCUUUGUACUUAUGUGGCUAAUUUUUGGGAUACUAUUGUAACACAGAGAUAGAUUUUUUUUUGGUUUUGUUCCUCUAUGUGUAUGGAUACACUGAUACAUUGUAUUGCAUUGACUAUACAUAUUAAACGCUUACGUCGGAUCCGGAAAGAGCUUGGGAACAGUGGGCUAAUUAUUGUGAUUUUUAUACUUAUUCGCUGUAAUUUGGGAUAAAUAAAAUCAUUGUAUUGUAUAGUAUAGAUUCUGUGAUUAUGUACCUGUGGGGUACGUUUGGGUUUCCACAGCCCUAUCUGGUCUGACUAAAAAAAUA